AAUUAGAACAUAAAAUAAAAAUAAUCAAUAAAUUAAAAAAAAAAUUAAUAUUAAAUGAGUCAUCCAUAAGAAAGAAUAUGCGAAUAUUCAUCAAAUUUAGCAUCACCCUUUGAAAUAGACGGCGCAUUAUAUUUAGUAGCCUAAAACGGUGAAAUCUUAAGUUUUAAAGAAAACUAAUUAAAAAAUGAAUUUCAUUUUGCAGGCCAACCAUCAUCAUUAGUUAUAGAAUCAUCUGGAAAAGCUUUUUAUUUAGCCGAUAUGGCCCACUAAUCUAUAGUAUCGCGAAUAAUAGAUGAUAAUGGGAGAGAAGAAAUUCAUGAAAUAAUAAAAGAAUAUGAAGGGUCCCCUUUAUUAGGACCUCAUUCAUUAGUUUUAUCAGAGAGUUUAAAUAGUUUAAUUUUUACAGAUUCCGGUCCUUUUGGAGAAACAUCAAUCGAAAAUUCUACAGGCAGUGUUUUUAUUAUAGAUUUAGAAGAAAGUGUAAUUCGUCCUUUGGCUUUAAAUUGUCUGGCUUACCCAAGUGGUUUAGCAUUAUCUUUGGAUGAAAAAAUAUUAUUUGUUUGUGAAACAUGUAAAAAUAGAGUUUUAAGAUUUGUUUUAACCCCUUAAGGAAUAUUUUAUUUUAGUGUCUUUGUUAAUUUCUAAGGAAGGUUUGGGCCUAUUACGUGUUCUGUUAGUUCUUCGGAUUUAUUAUAUGUAGGAAGAUUUGAAUUUUCUUAACUUUCUGAUGAAGGUUUAAUUAGUGUUGUUAAUACGAGUAAUGGAUAAAUUGUUGAAAAUAUUACGUUGGUUGGGUCGCCAGAAAUCUCAGGGUUGACUUUUUCGAAAUAAAAAAAUAAUAUUCUUUAUGUUACUGAAAAUUCAUCAUCUUAAUAAUCUUGUAUUAGAGUUUUAAUUUAAACAGAAGAUAAAGAUGAUAAAAAAAAUAAUAAUAAAGAUUUAAAUAAUUCAUUUAAAUGAGAAUGCAUAU